UAAUAAAGCAUAAAGACACUAAGAGUGCAGUUAUUUUAUUUAAUAUGUAAAAAGAGCAAAAACAAGUCACUUAUAUCUUAAUAUGGCAUGAAGUUGAGUACCAAACGGAAAAGGCAAAUUUGAUAGCUAAGUCUCAAGAGCAAGGACGGACCAAAAGAAUUAGGCUGUUUGGCAGCAGCCGAGCCAAAUCCCGAUGACGCACAUUUCUAUUCCCUGUCUUUACUACACGCGCUUUCUCACCUCCCGGCGACUAGCUUAUCAUUUUUUUAAUUUAUUUUUAUUAUCUUUUGCUUCAUGCGUCCGGCGCGUCACCUUCGCCGCACCGACUCCGUUUCUUUCUUUUUGUUGUGUUUGUUGGUCAGAGAUCUCUUUUACUCUCUUUAACCUUAUCUCUCUCACAUCAAUAUCAUUCAAACAAUAAAAAACCAAUAACAAAAAGAAAAACCUAACACCAACAAUUUACGAUCACCACCACCUACCAUGGGGGACCUAACGGACUCCGUAACGCCGUCUUCCGCUCCUCACUCCCGUCCUUUACCUAUCCGUGAAGACUGCUGGAGCGAGGAAGCUACCGCUACUCUCGUCGACGUUUGGGGUCGCCGCUACUUGGAACUUAACAGAGGUAACCUCCGUCAAAAGGAUUGGCAAGAAGUUGCUGACGCUGUUAACGCUAAACACGGCCAUACAAAGAAAACGCACCGCACUGAUGUUCAGUGCAAGAAUCGAAUUGAUACAAUCAAGAAAAAGUAUAAGAUCGAGAAAGCUAGGGUUACGUCUUCCAACGGCACGUUAACGUCUUCUUGGCCAUUUUUUGAGAGCUUAGACGCUUUGAUCGGAUCUAACUUUUCUGCGAAAAAACAACAUGCUUCUCCCUCGCUUUCUCCGUCUCCUCCGGUUGCUCUUCCGGUGAUCUCCUCGUACCGGAGGACUCCGACGCCGACUGCGAUUCCUUUUUCGAUUCCUCCUGCAGCUGCGGUAUCAACAGCAGCGGCGGCAACGUUGCCGCAGAAGAGGCAGCUGGAUGACGGAUAUUUCAGGAGGCAUUACUCGGCGAUGGCAGCAGCAGCGGCAGCAGCAGCGGAAACGGAGAGUGAAGAGGAGGAAGAAGAGGAGGAAGAGGAGAAGGAGAGAGAGAGCGAGGAAGAUGAAGAAGGAGAAGGGAUAAAGAAAUUGGCGAAAGCAAUAGAGAGAUUUGGAGAGGUUUAUGAGAGAGUGGAAUGUCAAAAGCUGAGGCAAAUGGUUGAUUUGGAGAAACAGAGAAUGAAAUUUGCUAAAGAUUUGGAGAUGGAAAGGAUGAGGAUUUUCACCGAGACCCAGAUUCAGCUUGAGAAGAUUAAGAAAGAAGAACAUCUGCAAGAGGAAAUUGGUUUUGUUGAAGGAGAGCGAGACAACAAAAUCAAGCUAUCUGAUUCUUCAUCUAUUAGUUCUGCUGAGAUUGAUUUAUCUGAAGAUGUCGAGUUUCAAAAUUUUUUCCCCAAUUUAAAGGGCACAACAUCGACUCAGUUGGAAGAUAGUGCUGAGCAAAAUUCUCAGCAACAGCCUAGUGGAGUGGAAGAAAGGUCGAGUCGAGGUUUGAAGCUGAGUGGCAAGCGAAGCCGCCGAAGAUGACUUCGACAAUCAUGGGUAUAGAAUGAGAACCUGGCAUUUCAGAAUUUGCAACUUCCAUUUCCAAAAUAAUGCCCCAGGAUGUUUGAUAUAGGCAUAGGGUGGAGGAGUUAUUGCAGUAAUUUGUCCAGAACAAGGACAUGGCUGUACCUUCUUUACCCAAUUAGAUAUCUCAUGUAGGAGACCCGCUGAUCUUUGUCUGCCCUCAUUUACCUUCCAUUCUAGCCCCAUUCCAUCUUGUAUUGUCGUAUCAUUUACUUGUAUUAACGAUGAACUUGGAGUGGCAUAGGUACUGAAUUUGUGUAGAAUGGUCUAGGAUUACAACUGUGAGCGUUUUCGGAACUAGUUGUUCAGUUGUUGUCUUUGGUUCAAUUAGUUGAAAGUGUUAAUAUUAGAGUUUAUCCUUUGAAACUGCUCUUAGAUUGGUACUGAAAUAAAAGGUUAGGCGAUCUUCAACCCUUCAGACCUCAACACAAGAUAUUAUUUAUUUAUUUAUUUUUACUCUGGAGCUAAUUUUUUUC